GCCGGCGGUUUUGUACGGACCGAGUCGCUAAUGGGGCGGACGAUCUGGCCACAAUAGCUUGUCACUCGCGCUCAAUCGCCCGAGUCGCGCCUUGGUUUUACUUCCCGCACAAUCCUUUGCCCUCACACUUGCAUCACAUUUCUCAACCACACCAAAUCUCCGAGCUCAAAGCUUCUACAGCCCCCAAUUCUCGUCGCUCACUGUUCAGUGAUGGACCCAAAACCGUCGGAAUCAUUUGCGCCCCCCGUCGAAGGCGAAGAUUUUGUUCACAUCGGCGAUCCUUCCGUUGUGAACUUAUCUGAGAGCAUGGUUCGAAUCGACCAGCCUACUGACGCCACCGUAUCGCCCUUUCUUGAUACAGCGGGUUUCAAUCAGCGAAAGUUACUCCCGGACGAGCUCUCAAGAAACGUAGUGAUCCUGACGUGCGAAUCCACCGCUGAGAGUGGUGUUUGUGACGUGUACUUGGUUGGCACUGCUCAUAUUUCUCGGGAAUCCUGCGUAGAAGUGCAAGAAAUAAUCAAUUUUUUGAAACCACAGGUUGUCUUCCUAGAAUUGUGCCCGGGUCGUGUAACAGUACUUGCUCCUCAAAAUUUAAAGGUGCCCACAGUCAGAGAAAUAAUUGUAAUGUUGAAGAAAAAACAGAACAUCUUUGGAGUACUUUACAGCUGGUUUCUUGCAAAGAUUGCUGACAAGCUUGAUGUUUUUCCUGGUGCUGAAUUUCGUGUGGCAUAUGAAGAAGCAAUCAAGUAUGGUGGGAGGGUGAUACUUGGUGAUCGCCCCGUACAGAUUACAUUAAGGAGAACAUGGAGAAAGAUGCCACUUUGGCAUAAGAUGAAAUUAUUGUACUCUUUGCUCUUUAAUGCAGUAUUUUUGCCCAGUCAUGAGGAGCUUAAUAAAAUGCUGAAGGAAAUGGAUGACAAUGACAUGCUAACUCUUGUUAUACAAGAGAUGAGUAAGGCGUUCCCAACUUUAAUGGAGACUCUCGUGCAUGAGCGAGAUCAAUAUAUGUCCUCCACAUUAUUAAAAGUGGCAAGCGAGAGCAGCUCGGUUGUUGCUGUUGUCGGCAAAGGGCAUCUACCAGGAAUAAAGAAGCAUUGGAAGGAACCUAUCAUGGUGAGGGAUCUCUUGACAAUUCCGUCUGCUAAACCAGCUACCUCCGCGGUAACAAUCAUAACUUCUGUUGGUGUUGCCGUUGCCGGCGUUGCUAUUAUUUCUGGCAUCUAUCUUUCAUCCAAGAAAUGACUUGCCAAGUCGAGGUUAGCCACAGGAAUGAGAGUUCAUGGAUGUCUCACUUUUGCUUUUUCUCGAAGAAAUGUAAAUCGAAAAUAAUAUAUGGUAACAAAUAUGUGGAAUAGAGAAUUUUUUUUUCAACUUUUCCAGAGAAAAGGUACAGUUUUGCAACUGAAAUAAUUCCAAUUUUAUUUUAGCAGAUUGGAAUCAUAUUUCGGUGACA